AUGAAAACAUUUAAUAUUGACGAUGCAAGAAAACAUCACGAACUUUUGUACUUGCUACAAGAACACAAGAAAGACAUGGAACAGCUUAUGCAGCAACUGUCAAAUAUGGAAAAACAACUUACCGAUGGAGAUGACCCAACAGAAGUAGAAAGUGAUGAGGAAAUUGGUGAUGAAGGUGAAAAUGAAACUUUGCAAGCUAGACUAUUCGUUUCAGAAGAUUGAUGGAAAAUUCAAGAAAAUUGAUGAGAAACACGCUCGUCUUUCAGGCAACCCUGCUGUUACUGUUGAAAUGCAACAAUACAUGCGCAUCAAUAGGGCUUCUUGGGAAAAAGCAACAGAUCAUCAUGGAUCCACAGUCAUGCACCAUGCAGUAUAAAAUGGUAAUUAUAUGCUUUGGUGAAAACAUUAUUUAAUGCAGGGGCGAAUAUAAAUGUGAAGGAGAAAUGCGGUGCAACACCUCUCACACGCGCUGUACUCAAAGAUGACGAGGAAAUGGUACAGCUUUUACUCGAAACUUUGCAAUAUGUCAUGAAAGCUUUUCCACUUCAGUUCCUGGACCAAAAGCAAUUGCAGAAAAGCUUGAUCAUGAUAACAUUAAAGUACUAAUUGAACAAUAUUUAGCUGGUGAAGAUAAACUAGACCUGUUGGUUUGGGAAAUGACUGAACUUGAUUCAUCUGAUCCGAUGGUGGAAACAGAGGAUAUGUUGGAUCGAGAACAAAAGGAUGAUCAAGAACACAAGGCAUAUGGUCGUGAUAUAAAUAAAUGCAAAACUUUGUUAGUUGGCGAUCAGGGUACAAAUAAAAUUAUUCGAAGUGUGAAGCAAAAUCACAGUCAGCAUAUGAGUGGGCAGCAGAGGUCAGAGGUGAUAUGCAUGCUAGAGGUGGGUAAACUAUAUAGGGUAACUGUAGAAUAGUUGCUGUAUUGAGAAGUUCCUUUUAUGGACAAAAUUCCUCAUUCCUCAUGCAGUCUCUUCCUACAGCAUUGUAUCUUCUUGCUCAAACAUCAGAUGAUGUAACCUCAGUGAAGCCUGUUUCCAAUGGGUGAAUUCGUUCGCGGGACAUUUUAUUGCUAAUAUUAGCCGUGGUUUAUAUUUUGUUACCAGGUAACAAAAUGUCCUAUAAUAUGUUGGCAAUGGACAAUUUCCAUUAUACACUAAAUUUUAAUCUAAGUAAAGAAAGGGGAAUCAAACAUCACAGAUAAAAACAACAUAAUGAAAAUGGUAAAAUUGCAAAGUUUGGUUGUGAAAUGUUGUAAAGCUGGGAAAUAUAGCCUAAUUGCGACGUUUGCAAAUUUUGAAUAUGUUUGUAUUACGUCACGAAAAUUGCUACCAUUUUCUUCUCACUGGAGUAGCUGCUUAACAAUAAUGCCCACAUCAUUACGUGCAUUAGGCAAAACAAUUCUGGUGCAUUGCGUUCGAUAGGUUUCAGGAAUAGGUUCUUUGUGACUGUUCACUAAUAUAACAACCUUUUACUAUUUUCUUCAGGCUAUUUGUAUGAGAUUUGCAAAAAGACAAUUUAUGUGUGUUUCUCAACACGUCAUGAAAAGAGUCAAAGUUACUGAUGCUGCAUUUGACGAUAAAAAGUUCCAGUACCAGAAUCUGAACCGUAUUGACGAGGCUGUAAGGGAUAUUUCUAUGGCAUAUGGGCUAGCUGCAGUUCAAGAAUUUAUUGCAAGUGAAAUGCUUCCUUCCAAAGAUGCUCUUGAUGCACAUGAACAGAAACAUGGAAACCAUCAUGAACUUCUUCUAAACUUGUUUAAAGACUGGAUUGAAAAAAACAGCAGUAAUCCGCAAUUCCAGUACCACUGUCAAUUGAUUACUCUCUUCGGCCCAUUGAGGCAGUUAUAUUUAACAAGUGUAAAGUGUGGGAAUGGUAUCGGUCGUGAGCCUGUUUGGAUGCUCAUGUUACCACUGUUUGCUCAGUUACAGAAACGGAACUACUGGACUUAG